CUGCCCUCACUUCUGAGUCAGAAAAACACAAAUUCAGUAGCCAUGGCGUUACAGGGAACACUGAUAUGGCUUUGCUCACUAGCAGCCUUAUCGUCGUCUGCAGUUCAAGAUGAAACUUUUUCUCAGAAUUGCAGCUCUCAAGCUCAGAUCUUGGAGCAUCUCAAGGAGGCGGUAGAGUGUGGUGACAAGCUGUCGUCUGCAUGGAGCUCACAGGAGACGGCUACUCUACUGCUGACCAUGAAGAACCUGACUGAUACUCUGCACAGACAGCAGCUGAAGGAAUGCAAAGGUGCUGAUCCAAAGAGUUGCCCCGAAGCUGAAGUUCCCGAAAACGGAGGGCUGGCAUGUGUCUCAGUUUUCAACAAGCGCUACUGCAAACCUCUGUGCAACAAUGGUUAUGAUUUUGCUUUCAUGAGGAGGAGUGGUUUUUAUAAUGAAUGCAGCAGGGAGACCAGAUACAGAUGGCAGUCCAUGUACGUCGGAGGAAACAAGCUGGCUGUGUGCAACAAAGAAUCAUUUCCUGUUGCAGGAUUAAAUACGGCGUAUUUUCCUAAAGACCAGGACUGCCUGACAACCAAGAGCAGCGCCCAGCUGCAGAGCAGCGUCAUCAACGUUUUUACCGCUGAGCUGAAGCUUGCCGGCGUACAGGGAGACCCAGAGUACGCCUGUCUCGUAUGUGGAUGACCGUGACGCAGAUAAAAUCUACCAUGUCAUGAAUGUUGUGGUGUGAAAGUCCCUCCAAGUUGCACUUAGAAAUAAAGCUUUGCAAGAAGUAAAAAAUGUUAUGAACUGA